UUCUCGACGUUUCGCUUCGCGUCACAUCUUUUCAGUGUGUAUAUUCGCGAGCAGUUUCUUUCCAUUAUUGAACGUGAUUAGCAAAUCGACGCCUUUUUGUAGCGCACGUCGUAGUUCCAUCUUCGCCGCAAGAAAUUCUAACUUGCUGCGCUCGGAAGCCGUUUUCUACCAGCACAGGUACCAGGCCGUAGAAAGGAAUUCCACGGUUCUCCAGCAUUACCAUUCGACCGCAUCAUUUACAGUCGACAAGGAGAACAACGAAGAAUUCAGUGAAAUGGCUCCGAGAUUCGAACGUGAUGACUACAAAAAGGAUUCGUAUAAUGGAGUGAAGCGCACGGGAACGGAAUUUAAGCGCCCAUCCGGUCGAGAUGGCCGUGACGGAGGUGGGUUCCGUGGAGGUGCCGGCGGCGGUGGUCGCUUCGGUGGCUCAGGAGGAGGAGGCCGCGAUAAAUGGACCAUGGAGUCUAAGCAGCUCCAGAAGAUCAACUGGAGCAAAAUGCAGUUGGUUCCCUUCAAAAAGGACUUUUACCGCGAACAUUCGGCAAUCAAGAAUCGCUCUCAGCGAGACGUUGAUCGUUUUUUGGAAAAGCAUGACAUAACAUUGAUUGGACAGUGUCCCAAACCAAUUACUGAGUUUGAUGAAAUUGACAUCCCAGACUACGUCAUGAAUGAAAUUGAAAAACAAGGAUUCCAGAGUCCUACGCCGAUUCAGGCUCAAGGGUGGCCAAUCGCCCUGAGUGGCUUGAAUAUGGUCGGCGUUGCUAAGACCGGUUCCGGUAAGACACUUGGAUAUAUGCUUCCUGCAAUUGUGCACAUCAACCACCAGAAACCAGACACGAACAUUCGCGGUCCAUUGGUGCUUGUUCUUGCGCCAACCCGUGAGUUGGCCCAGCAGAUCCAACAGGUUGCGACUGACUUCGGUUCGUCGUCGUACAUUCGCAACACCUGCUUGUUCGGAGGCUCCAGCAAGGGACCCCAAGCAAGUGAUUUGCGUCGAGGAGUUGAGAUUGUCAUUGCAACUCCUGGUCGCUUGAUCGAUUUCCUUGAAACUGGCACAACCACGCUGCAGCGUGUUACCUAUUUGGUAUUGGACGAAGCCGAUCGUAUGUUGGAUAUGGGUUUCGAACCUCAGAUUCGUAAAAUUCUGGAGCAGGUUCGCCCAGAUCGCCAGAUUCUCAUGUGGAGUGCCACAUGGCCCAAAGAAGUGCAGCGUUUGGCCCGAGAUUUCCUCGGUGACUACGUUCAGAUCAACGUUGGAUCUCUGGAACUAUCUGCUAAUCACAACAUUACUCAGUACGUGAAAGUGAUCGAGGAACACGAGAAGAAUGAACAACUUGGAAAACUCUUGGACAAUCUACGUUCCAAAGGGCCUUCGGGCAAGAUCCUGAUUUUCAGCACAACCAAACGCAAGUGCGAUCAGAUUACCAGCUAUUUGCGUCGUUACGGCCAAGAUGCAGUCGGCAUGCACGGAGACAAGAGCCAGCAGGAACGUGAGAGAGCGUUGAACAAAUUCCGUAACUCCAACAGCUGCAUCCUGGUUGCCACCGAUGUUGCUGCUCGUGGUCUAGAUGUCGACGGUAUCAAAGUGGUCAUCAAUUACGACUACCCCCAGCAAACGGAAGACUACGUUCAUCGUAUCGGUCGUACCGGCCGUUCGAAUGCCACCGGAGAAGCAUACACCUUCUUCACAUCGAACGAGCGUAAGAUGGCCAAAGAACUGGUCGCCAUCCUGGAAGAAGCCAAGCAGGAAGUUCCACCAGAGUUGCUCAAGUGGCGUCACAUGGGCGGAGGUGGCUUCAACCGAUACAACAGCGGCGGCGGUGGAAACCGGUUCGGUACAUUCAAGGGAGGACGCAGUAACGAUUUUGGCCGAGGCAGUGGUGAUCGGUACGACAAAGGUGGUCCGAAGCGAUCGUUUGGAGGUUCAAGCUACGGAGGAGGCUCGACGUCGAACGGCUAUGGUGGUAGCUCGAGCAGCUAUCGCAACGGUUCUAGUGGAGGAGGCAGCAGUAAUAUGAAGCACAUAAAAUUCGACGACUAAAUGCGUCGCCCAUUUAGGUGCUUCGUCUAACUGCACUUUGUCUCAUCUCUAGUAAGUUUAGUCUUAGUUCAACGUCUUAUCUCUAAUCUUAAAGAUAUUCUAUUUAAUUUAAACAACCCAAUCGUACGAAAAGUAUUGUUUUAGUUGAUUUAUGUGCGUUGUCUUACGCUAAGUGACGUGCAAGGAACGAAACAGUAACGUUUCAUACAAUUUUUUUUUACAAAUCUUAGAUAAGAGAAAGUGAAUUUCUGCCCUCCGAAGUUGAACAAAAAACAAAACUUUUGAAAAUGAUCGCGCACCGAAAGCUCGGGAAGUAGAUGGAAAUACUUACACAAAUCCUAAUUGCUGUGAUAUAGCAUCAGUCGAGUAUCACGUUUGAAUCGAAUCAGUUAAUGAUUAGUUCGAAGUUUUAGUUUGAAAUGGCAAUCAUUUACCAAAAAUUGGAAAUAACAAAUAAAAACAGGAAUCUUAAAUUGAAGGCUUUUGUUUGGAUUGACCCGUUCAACACAAGAGCGGUGACAUUCCAUGUAUUUGUAGUAAACCGCGUGGUUCCUCAAUGAAAAAAGAAAAAACAAAAGAAGCUAAUAAAAAUCAGUUCACAUAACAAUAAA